GGCGGCACUCUCCCCGCCCCCACCAGCCUCCGGGUGAAGAGGGACGGACCCUGCGCUUCCCCGAGCCGGGCGCCGGCGGCCAGCACCCGCAUCUGCAGCCACCUGUCAGGGAGUCUCGCACGUGAGGCCAGAAGCUCCACUCCCUGCGAGCCCAGAUGCCGGUGCAGCCUCCAAGCAAAGACCCGGAGGAGAUGGAAGCAGAGGGCGACUCGGCCGCCGAGAUGAACGGGGAGGAGGAAGAGAGUGAGGAGGAACGAAGCGGCAGCCAGACCGAGUCGGAAGAGGAGAGCUCAGAGAUGGAUGACGAGGACUACGAGCGGCGCCGCAGCGAGUGCGUCAGUGAGAUGCUGGACCUGGAGAAGCAGUUCUCGGAGCUAAAGGAGAAGUUGUUCAGGGAGCGGCUGAGUCAGCUGCGGGUGCGGCUGGAGGAAGUGGGGGCCGAGAGAGCGCCGGAGUACACAGAGCCCCUGGGGGGGCUGCAGCGGAGCCUCAAGAUUCGCAUUCAGGUGGCAGGCAUCUACAAGGGCUUCUGCCUGGACGUGAUCAGGAACAAGUACGAGUGUGAGCUGCAGGGAGCCAAGCAGCACCUGGAGAGCGAGAAGCUGCUGCUGUACGACACCCUGCAGGGCGAGCUGCAGGAGCGCAUCCAGAGGCUGGAGGAGGACCGCCAGAGCCUGGACAUCAGCUCAGAGUGGUGGGACGACAAACUACACGCCAGAGGCAGCUCGAAGACCUGGGACUCCCUGCCACCCAGCAAGAGGAAGAAGGCACCCCUCGUUUCCGGCCCUUACAUCGUGUACAUGCUGCAGGAGAUCGACAUCCUGGAGGACUGGACGGCCAUCAAAAAGGCUAGGGCAGCUGUGUCCCCCCAGAAGAGGAAAUCAGACGGACCGUGACCCCGCCGUGCACCGCCGGCACCAAACCCGGGACUGGCGUUGCGUUGCUGCGGCGGAAGGCAGACCACGCAGGAAGGCCCUCCAGCACCGCUGCGGGGCCUCCCCUCGGGCCACCUCCGGUCUGGACUCCUCCUCUGCCCUCCUCGGGGCUUGUGCGGCGGGGCCCGGAGCCCCGCUAGCCAGGACGGGACUGUCCCCUGCGUCCCCAGCCAGCCCCUGCCGUCCCCCCCGACGGUCAGCCCCGCCGGUCACCUCCCUGACAAAGAAGACGUUGCUCAGGCCAGAUCACAUCCUCUGCUGCCCGUGGACCUGGCUCCCAGGCGCCGGGCCAGCGAGCUGGGCCCAGGUCACGGGCACUCUGGGCCGGAGGGCACGUGUGGGGCCGCCCUGGCUCUUGCCGUGGUCAGAGGGCAGGCUCCCCAGGUCCUGCCAAGGUCCUGCCGUCCUUGGGGCCUGCCUCCCACAUCGCCGGGGGCUGGAAUUAAAACAUUUCCUGGGA